GCGGCGCUGGCUGAGGCCGGGGCGGCUGCCGGAGCAGCUUCUGGCGGCCGGAGCCCCCGCAGGGCGCUGGCCCGGCACGGCCCCUGCUGGUCCCUCGCCCCGGCGGAUACAGGACAAGCCCCUGCGCCCCGGCUCCUGCGCAUGGACCGGGCCCGGCGGCGAGCUCGGAGCUCGCUGCGCCCGCGCCCGGUAGGCGGCACUGCUCGGAGCUCGCCGCCCCUGGCGCGCCGGCCGCCCGCGCUCUUCGCAGGACCAACGAGGCGGCGGCGGCGGCGGCUCCCUCCCAGGCUGCACUCGGGCCGCUCCCUCCCCAGCAUGGCCGCGGGACCCGGCCCACGCCCCUAGCGAGCCCCGGCCCGGCCGCUUCCCCCCAGAGCCAGCCAGCGCGGGGCCAUGGCCGAGUGGGCCCCCGCCCAGAUUCAGGAAUGGAACGUCGAGGCACAGCAUCUGCUGCCUUUGCAGCCGCCCCUUGUCCCCGAGCGCGCUCACAUGAGAGAAGCACAGCUGCACACGGCAGAGGCCUCUCUCUGGACUGUGGUGGCCACAGUGCAGGCCAUGGAGCGGAAGAUCGAUCUGCUGGCCACACGCCUGCUGAGCCUGGAGGGGAGAUCUGGGACGGCCGAGAAGAAAUUAAUAGACUGUGAAAAAACAGCAAUGGAGUUCAAUAACCAGCUGGAGAGUAAGUGGGCCGUGCUGGGAACUCUGAUCCAGGAGUAUGGGCUGCUGCAGAGGAGGCUGGAGAACGUGGAGAACCUGCUGAAGAACAGGAACUUCUGGGUCCUGAGACUCCCCCCAGGCACUAAAGGGGAGGUCCCCAAGAUGCCGGUGACGUUUGUCGACGUGGCUGUCUAUUUCUCUGCGGAGGAGUGGAAGAAUUUGGAAGACUGGCAGAAGGAGCUGUACAAUAACCUCGUGAAGGAGAACUAUGAAUCUUUGAGCUCGCUGGACCGUACCCGUUCCAAAGCGGACCCCGAGCCCCGGAUUGAACGAGGGGAAGAGCCACGUGUCCAAGAUCAGCAGAACUUAAAGGAGAGAGAAAUCCCUCCAGAGCCCUGCACAGAAUCCCUGAUGUCAACGCCCGACAUUCUGUCCCGGAUCAAACAAGAGGAGGGGCCUUUUGUCGGGGAGCAGCAGUUCUCGGAGGAGAGAGGCAUCCCCGCGGAUCCCUGCGCAGGUGCAGACGCUCUGAUUUCUGCCCAGGACUUUUUAUCCUGGAUUAAGCAAGAGGAAGAGCCCUGUGUCCGGGAUUCAUGGGAGCUGGCCGAAAGAGAAAUCCUCACUGGCCCUGGCCCAGAUGGUGCUAUUUCCAAACCUUACCUCCUGUCCUGGACGGAAGAGCCAUGUGUCAGGGACCGGGGGGACAUAGCAGAGAGAGAGAUCCCCACGGGACUCGGGACAGAAUCUCUAGUUUCCCCCAAGGGAGCUGUGGCCCAGACAGAAGAAGGGGAAGAGGCCUGUGUUGGGAGCCGGCAGGACUCCAGGGAAAGAGAAACAUUGAUGGCUUUGAGCACCAGUGGGACUGUGACCAAAACGGAGGUGCAGUGUCUUGAGGAGCAUCCCCCCCAUCGCGAGCAGCACCAGAUGAUGUCGGAAAGGCAGGUUUUCUGGAGUCCUGAGCAGAGAGAUCCCUGGGAUGCCCACGUGGUGGAGGAUCGGUGCGGAGCUGCGCUCAGUAAAUCCUCUGAGCAGCCAGUCCUGCUUCCAGGGUCAGAAUCUCCGUUGCCCUCCGCGGGGGCAGGAUCGGGGCCUGGCUGGGGCAGAGUUCCCUGCGAGAGCCGAGAUGCGGCUGCCCCUUACGUCGCGCGGGCAGGAGAGAGGCCCUUUGUCUCGAGUGCCGUGAAAUCCCAGGCCUGCUCCCCGGCAGAUGAGCCAGUCCAGUACGGAAGGAGCUUCCCCCAGCCCACACGCAGUGGGCAGAGGCCCUGUGCCCGCAGCGAGGGCGGCCAGAACAUCAAGCAGCGGCAGAACCUGAUUAUCCACCUGAGAACCCACGGCAAGGCCAAGCCCCACCAGUGCAGCCAGUGCGGGCAGAGCUUCCUCCACCGCUCCCGGCUCACCUACCACGCCCGCAUCCACACCGGCGAGCGGCCCUUCCAGUGCGCCGCCUGCGGGAAAUGCUACAGCCGCAAGGAGCACCUCCAGAACCACCAGCGGCUGCACACCGGCGAGCGGCCCUUCCAGUGCGCCGCCUGCGGGAAAUGCUACAGCCGCAAGGAGCACCUCCAGAACCACCAGCGCGUCCACACCGGCGAGCGGCCCUUCCAGUGUGCCGCCUGCGGGAAGAGCUUCAUCCGCAAGCAGAACCUGCUCAAGCACCAGCGCGUCCACACCGGCGAGCGGCCCUUCCCGUGCGGGGAGUGCGGGAGGAGCUUCCGCUACAAGGAGUCCCUCAAAGACCAUCGGCGAACUCACAGUGCUGAGCCAGGGCCGGCCCCCAGCCUGCACCCAGAUGCCUCUGUGCGAGAGCGGAGCUGAGGGGAGGUCUGGGAGCUGAUGAUGAUACUCAGCCCUUGUGCAAGGUUUCCCCUGGGCUGGGCCCAGAGGAGCCUGGCUCUCCCCAAGCGGGGGCAGGAAAAGUGAAAGGACUUGGUCACGCAGUGGCAGGAAUCGAACUUGGGGCUCCUGGAUCCCAGCCCUGUGCUCUAACCACUAGACCACAUUGCUUUCCUCUAGCAGGAAACUUCAUGUGGCUAAAACCCUCUGUGAAACUGAGCUGAGCACAUUUCUCUGCAUUCUUCUGCCCCCUCUGCUCAUGUAGGCCUGGUCUCUGCCACCCGGAACAGUGUCACAUCUUCGGGCAUCACAGCCUUCUCCUCUGCAGCUCCUGCUGCCCUGAACCUCUCCAGCUGCUUUCAGAUCUCCUGGGGAUGUAGGGAGCCAUCCUUGCCCUCGUCCCUCUCUCUGUUUCUCUUGCACAAUGGAGAAUAAAGUUUGG